AAUAAGGUUUAUUAAGUUGAUUUUGCUUUACGCUUGCACUUCCUUUGAUUUGGGUAUUUUACUUUUGUUUUUUUUUUUCCUUUCAACUUCUCAAACAGGGAAUCCAUUUCUCGCUCCCUGCAAUUUUCAUAGUUCGAGUAGCUUCAAGCUUCAGCGCAUGGCCGACUCUUACUGGAGGUACAGUGAUCCGCGCCAGCCGCCUUCUUCCGCCAUCCCCGGCAAGCGCUCUCGCCCCGACUACGAUGGGCUGAGCAGUCAUGAUCUCCCUAACUAUUUUCCCCGUGAAGAUGAUAGAGGAACAAUUCGUGUUAGAGAUACUGAGUCUAUUAAUGCUUCAUAUGAUCGUUAUUUGCGCAGCACGCAAGUUGCCUCUUAUGGCGGGGGACAGCCCACUAGACUUAUGAGUGGUGGAAUACCCAACCGCACAGUUGACGAUCCACGUCUUAUGGGUGUUGGGGGCGUUGACCCUGGGGCAACUAUAAAAGAUAGGAGUCUUGGAUAUGGAGGUGGAAGACCUGAGGUUCCUCUUCCUCCUGAUGCUUCUAGUACUCUAUUUGUAGAGGGUUUACCAGCCAACUGCACACGGCGUGAAGUAGCUCAUAUAUUUCGUCCGUUUGUAGGCUACAAAGAAGUGAGACUUGUAAGCAAGGAAUCAAGACAUCCCGGAGGAGACCCACUUGUCCUUUGUUUUGUUGAUUUUGUGAGUCCAGCCCAUGCAGCUACUGCUAUGGAUGCCUUACAAGGUUAUAAAUUUGAUGAGCAUGACCGCGAUUCGGUCAAUUUAAGAUUGCAAUUUGCUCGCUAUCCUGGUGCGAGGUCAGGUGGCGGGCAUCGAGGAAAGCGUUGAACUUGAACUUACGCGAUUUUGCAGGAAUUGCUGGGUUUGGAAUUGUUGUGAUAGUGAGGCGAAAACGACACUUGCGGUCUCGUGAUUGUGUUAGUUAGGAAUCGUCAAUAUUCGUGUGUUUGAUAUUUAAAGUGGCCUUAUUCUAGAGAUUGUGUCAGUCACAGAUGCGAACUAUAAUAUCUAUUAAUUUCAGACUGCCUGCAUAUUUAUCUUUAUAACAAGUUUCUUGCUCUCUUCA